CAUCCUACAUACUUUACUUCUUACUUACCAAGUAUGUACGGUAUCUAUUUCGCAUGGCGAGCAUGGCGGCGAGGGCAUAGCAUGCACCCAUCUAAUUCGUCAGAACCUCUCUUUUGUUUCGUAUGUACUCUAGCUCCCUUCCCUUCCUCUCGUGUCCUGCACUGCCAACGGCGCUCGACGAAUCAUGGACCGAUGGACACAAAUAUACCCUACCUAAUUACCAGCUGUCACAAUCCACUGCCCCAGCUAGACCGCAUCGGCAACGUACACCUCAGCCUUCCUGCAGGAGCCUCCCGAGCAGCACACGAACCGUUCGGACGAAUCUCCUUCGUUCACGUAUGUGGGCCCUGGGGGCGAGGGGGUUCCUGGCGAGAGAUGGAAUGGAAAGGAAAGGAAAGGCGGGUGCCCGACCCACCGACCUCCGACCACCAACCAGACGAAUCGCCAUCCUGGCCGCUGGCCGCUGGAUAUGUGGCCUGGACGAAGGAUGGGAGUGAGCGAUGAGCGAGCGAGUAGCGGCCGAGGAAACAUCGAGGGCAUAUUGGUAUCCAUUGGGGGAGGGGGGAUUGUCUGACAACAAGUCAAUAACACCAACAACACCACCACCACCAACUACAACAACAAAGACGACGACAACAACGAAGGAGUGGAAUGUUUCGUCUCGCAAGGAUCUCGGCGGAAACCAAUUGCUGGGCUGCAAACUUCUUCAAACUACUCCACGUCGAUGAUGCAGAUCCGCUCGUGGGUUCGCAUGCGAGUUGGUGUCCCAGGGGUUUUCUCCGACUCGUCAGCGGCGCCCCCCCCCCUCCCCCC